AUGGAGCAAAAAAAUCCUGGAACUGUUACUCAUUUGCAGAUGGACAAUGAAGGUAGGUUCAAAUAUUGCUUCAUGGCCUUAGGUGUUUCUAUAAUGAGGUUUAAAACAUAUAUUCGCCCAGUUAUAUGUGUAGAUGGAACCUUCUUGACUACUCGGUGUGGAGGUACUUUGUUAUGUGCCAUGGGACAAGAUGCUAACAAGCAAAUAUAUCCAAUUGCAUUUUCAGUAGUUGACUCAGAGAAUAAUGACUCAUGGUUGUAUUUUCUACUGAGGUUGAAGGAAGCGAUUGGUGAAGUGGAGAAUCUAGUAUUCGUGUCUGAUAGACAUACUAGUAUAGCAAGUGCCUUGACUAAAAAUUUUCCUGAGGCACACCACGGUGCUUGUAUACAUCAUGUUAGCAUGAAUAUCCGUGCGAAGUUCAAAACUGACCAUUGCCAUGAAGAAUUCUUCCUUGCAACGAAAGCUUAUAGAAAGCGAGAGUUUUUACGCCAUUUUGAGAAGAUUAAAUUCAAAGAUCUUGCAAUUGCUCAAUACUUAGAGAAUCAAGUGGGUUUUGAAAAGUGGGCUCGUUCUUUCUUUCCUGGUCAUCGAUAUAAUUUAAUGACUACAGGUAUUGCCGAAAGCUGGAACAAUGUCAUUGCUGAGGCACGUGGGUGGCCAAUUACUUGUCUCAUGGAAUUUAUGAGGCACACUUUACAAAAAUGGUUUUUCGAGCGUCGAACUCCAGCAUCAGCGGCUACAAGUCCUCUUCCCACAGAAGUGGAAGCUGAUUUGCGAAAGUUAGCAGACAAGUCCACUACCUCGUUCUCUUUUCCGUCUAGUCAGUAUGAAAUAACAGUAUUGGAUGGUGAUCUUGAUGGAGAUGUUGACCUGAGGAGGAAAACAUGUAGUUGUAGAAGAUUUGAUUUGACAGGUCUUCCUUGUGAACACGCUCUAGCUGGUGCUUGA